GACUUACGGAGGAGGAUGGUGGCUUUUAUUUUAGCUUCUCCGCCGACUGCGGGGAGCGCCGUCGCCGAGGAAUCAUGGCUGUAUGAAUGAAUGAUUUAUAAAAGAAUAUUUGCUUCAUAUUGAAAGAUCAUCAUAUAUUAAUUUGUUGAUUCCUUCACUGACUUUCACUGAAGCAUGGCAGAGGCCCUGGAGCUAAAGGAGAGGGGCAAUGCAUGCCUGAAGGAGGGCAAAUUUCAUGAGGCAUUGCUCCACUACUCUCAUGCCAUCAAGCGUGAGCCCAGAAACCACCUUUUGUACAGCAACAGGAGUCAUGUGCUGUUGAAGCUGGACCAGCACUAUCUGGCCCUGGAGGAUGCCAGGAGGGCAAUCCAGCUGGAGCCAAAGUGGCCAAAGGGCUACUACCGGCAGGGCCAGGUGGAGAUGGCCGCUGGCUUCUUCUCGGACGCGUGCAUCUCGUUCACGCAGGCGCUGGCCCUGCAGCCGCACGACCCGGCCCUGCUGACGGCCAUACAGACGGCCACCACGUCGGCAAGGGCCCAGCGCGCCGGUGACCGGCAGCUGCCGUACCUGGGCGCCGGCGCCGGUAUCGUGCUGGGAGUGCUGCUGGUGCUCGCCGACCUGCUGCUCACUGCCUCACCAACACUCACGCACCCGGUGGCGCAGAUAAUGCUGGUACUGCUGGUGGCCGGCGCCGGGUACGGUCUCUGCAAGGGGUACCGGCUGUACCUGGCCGGCCAGAGACGCUCGCUGUUGCAGCCGCCGCUGGACCUGCUCGGCGGCGACCCGGCCACCAACGGAGGCGACCCGGCCGCCGCCGGCGCCGACGGGGAGGACGCGGCCGCCGAACAGCCGGCCGCCCGGCACCACAAGUUCACCAAGGCGCAGGCGCGCAAACGCUACCGUAACGGCAAACGGUGAUGGGCGCCGCCGCGCGCGGGCGGAGGGCGCCGCCGAGCGCGGGCGGAGGCCGCCGAGAGGCGGACUGCCGGUCCGACCGGAGAGAGCCGCUGUGGCCGCUGGAAGGGCGCUGUGAGCCGAGGGGAACAGGACGGACCAGGGGAGCGGCAGCUGCAUCCAUGGGAAAGCCGAGCGGCUGGUGGAACAGCUGGGCCCGAGGGAACAGAGCAGCUGCCCAGCUGGCGAGAGCUGCUCGCCCGAAGCUCAGGGCGAGCUCACAAGGCUGUCAUUUCAAGAGUUCGUCUCGAUCAUGCAUCAUCGUAUGUCAAUUGUCAUGUAUAGGUGUUCUUGUUUGUAUUUUUUAUGCAAUAAUGACUGAGAUUAAUUUUGUUACGAUUUCGUCAAGACGAGCCAUCUGUUUUAGUCUUCAAUAAUGAGAUUUGCCUUUGCAAGCUGAUUCAUUUGCCGAUCGAUUAUACGGCUUAUAUGUGUUUGUUACUGCUUCAAUAUGACUACCUACCUGUGUAGUGUUGUACCGUUAUUUUGUGAAAAUAGUCUGAAUAUUUGUUUGUGUUUUUAUUAGCUCAGCUGAUCACGUCCCAUAAAGAAGUGCUUACAUGGAUGACUCUUAUUUUGUUCUGUCAUUUGGAUCAUAUAUUUGUGUUGGCGGCAUUGCCACCUAGUCAUGGGCGGAGCCGGGGUACGUUUGGCAGUGUUGCUCGGAUAUGGGUGGUUUCCUCGUCAUAUCCCAUAGCCGUUGUGUCCGAUCGUCGUGUAUGUCACCCAAUACAGAAUAUGGACCGAA